GUAAUUGACUGACCAUCUCAAUUUUUUAUGUCAAGUGAUAUUGUAUGUAAAGUAACUAUUGAUGUCUGUGUAAAAAAUAUUUCAUUUGUUUACGACUUCUUGUUAAUGAAUCCGCUGCGCAAACUCACUUCCGCAGUUUAUUGAUGAGGAUGGCUAGCUGCGGGGGAUUGUCAGCGGAGGAGGAAAGGGAAGUAAACAGUUUCCUUGAGAGGGUGAAUAAGCUCAGGGAGGAAGAGAAGAAGGAUGCCAUCCCCAAAAACACAGCAGUCAAGUUUCUGAUGGCCCGGAAGUUCGACAGACAGAGAGCACUGGAGCUGUACCUUAAUCACGAGAGCACCAGACGACGAGAAAGCUUGAUCAACAUCUAUCCUUUGGACGAUUACCUGAAACAAGAACUAAACACAGAGAAGCUCACUAUUCUGCCGGGCAGAGACAGACACGGUGCGGCCAUUGCCUUGUUUACAGCCAGACUCCACACGCCAGCCUGUACCUCUACACAGCUAGUUCUCAAGGGCCUCAUCUACCAACUGGAUGCUGCACUCGAAAGCCAAGAAACUCAAAGACAUGGCCUAGUUUUCAUCUACGACAUGACAGAAUCAAAAUACAACCAUUUUGAUUAUGAACUUAGUAAAAAGAUCCUCAACAUGUUGAAGGGAGGGUAUCCCGCCAGGCUGAAGAAAGUUCUCAUCGUCACCGCACCACUGUGGUUUAAGGCUCCGUUCAAAAUACUCCGCCUCUUUGUGAGGGAGAAGUUACGAGACCGGGUGUAUACUGUAAGCCUCUCUCAGUUGACACAGCACAUACCCAAGGAAUCCCUGCCACGGCAGUUAGGAGGCAUUGCCCCAGACACCCACGCACCGUGGCUACUGAUGUGUGCCAAUGUAACCGCAAAUCAAAAUGCAGACAUUGACUCGUAUUUCAGUGCUUGUAAGAAAAACGUUGAACGGAAUUCGCGAGGAUCUGUGUCUCGAAGGAGCUUGUCAAGUGAUAUGUCGGACACGUUGUUGAUAAGUGACAUCGAUUCGGAGGAAUCAAAAGAAACGAUCAAUGAAAAACAUAACUGUGAGGAUAAAGAAAAGGAGGUGCAGAUUAAUGGCGAUGAGAAAGCGGAAAAAGAAGUGACAGUCGAAAAAGAGGAUUCUUGUGUGAAUAACUCUGGCAAACGCCGACGAGAAUCAGAUCCCAUCUUGGAAUCAGGGAGUGUGAAAAAAACAGUCGAUUCAUCGAUGGACUAUAAUAAUUCUGAAACCAUGGACCAAAAUCUUGAGAUCCCUAAAAAGAAACGCCCUCUGUCUGGCAGUUCAAACAACAUGAUUGAGGACUCAGUACAUCGAUCAGAAACAGGGGGGCUAACUCUAGAUGAAUUAGCAGAACAUUGUCGGCAACUCAAACGAAAAGGAAUGUACCAAGAAUAUGCUUUAAUCAAGUUAGAACCACCAUCGGGCACAUUCACAGUAUCAAAAGCCAAAUACAACUUGCCUAAGAACCGAUACUCAGAUGUGCUGUGUUUUGACCAUUCACGUGUACGCCUACCUGUGAAGGAGGCUGACCCGUCCUCCGACUACAUCAACGCCAACUAUAUGGACGGCUAUAUGCAGAAACAAGCCUACAUAUCCACACAGGGACCACUUCCAAAGACGUUUGGCGAUUUCUGGAGAAUGGUCUGGCAUUGUCAAGUUAUGGUCAUCGUCAUGACAACCAAGGCGAUAGAGCGCGGGCGGCUAAAGUGUGGCCAGUACUGGCCGGUGGAGGAGGACGCUGAGGAAACGUGCGACGAGUUCCUCAUCAUCAAUACAGGAACAGAACAACACCAGGACUACACUGUGACAGGGCUGUUCCUUCAUAACACCAAGACUGAUGAAUCACGCCACCUGACUCACCUGCAGUUCACCAGUUGGCCAGACUACGGUGUUCCUUCAUCAGCAGCUGCAUUCCUAGACUUCCUGCACCGCGUACGGUCCUGUCAGGCCGACGCCACAGCUCGCCUAGGUAACGCCUGGCAGGACCAUCCACUAGGACCUCCCAUGUUGGUACACUGCAGUGCUGGGAUAGGUCGCACAGGUACGUUUAUGACAAUAGACAUUUGUCUGAGGAAGCUGGAGGAUAUCGGCCGUGUGGACGUCCAGGAGACGGUACGAAGGAUCAGGUCACAGAGGGCCUUCAGUAUCCAGAUGCCGGACCAGUAUGUGUUCUGUCACCUGGGACUCAUAGAGCACGCCAUGAGGCAGGGCAAGCUGCAGGAGAUCGACUGGACAGGCUUUGACGAGAGUGACAGUGAAAGUGAUUGAGUAUGAAAUCACAGACGAUUUAAAUAUUUCACAAUGAUUUGUUUCGAUUUGUAAUGAGAUUUUAACAUCUCGCAGUGGAAAUGUUUAUACUAUUGUAAUAUCCUACAGUGAAACUGACUGGGUAUGAAUUUUUAUUGUAUUCAAUAACAGUGAAAGAGGCUGAGUUUGAAUUUAGUUCAGAUUUGAAGAAUUUAAUGUUACAGUUAAGAUUGAGUGAAUUAAGACCCAAACUGAUCAAGAUAAAAUUUAGGCACAUUAGCUGUUGUUACUCAGAGUUUAAGAUGAUGUAAAAUUACCAAGACAAUGCUAAUGGUUAUUGUUCUUGUGUCCUCUAUUUGAAGGUUCUAGAGUGCUUAAUAUCCAUUAUCAAGGGAUGGUAAAUUGACUCAUAAAAUCAGUGUUCCUGUGGAUGCUUUAUGGGGAUUGAAUUACAGAUUUAAAACUGAAAUUGAUUAAAGAGAAAGUUUUUAACCUCUCAAGAUUGACAGUGGCUUUGUCAGUGUAAUAACUGUUGUGCUGAAUGGCUUCGUGGAAUCGUGUAAGUCUGCACACUGUGUUUAAGUCAAUAAUGGCUGUGGAUACUCAAUACUGCACACACUUUGUCAUUCAGUGGAUGUGGCAUCAGGUUAACUCAUUCACCCCUGAGGACACAUUUCAACUCCUCCAAUUCAAUGGGUUGGAAUAGUUCAAUAUGAAAUUUCACGGGUGAAUGACUAAAUCUGUAUAAUUUAUUUUUACACUUUAACACAAAGUUAAUGGGACAUUGUAGAAUUUCACCUGCCAAAAAACCUUGUGCUUUAUGAGGAGUAUACAUACAUGUGUUUCUAAUCCGCAAACUUUAUCGGCUUAUGGGCUACUGUUGAAUUACUUAGCAGAAAUGUUACAACCUGCAAGCUUCAUAUGAUAAUGCAGUUAAAAGGAAUAUUGCUUGUCAAUUAAUUGACUGUAGGAGAAUAUCACUUGUCCACAAACUUUGUCACUUAAUUGACUGUAGGAGAAUAUCACUUGUCAACCAACUUUGUCACUUAAUUCACUGUAGGUGAAUAUCACUGGUCCACAAACUUUGUCACUUAAUUGACUGUAGGUGAAUAUCACUUGUCAACAAACUUUGUCACUUAAUGACUGAAGGAGAAUA